AUGUCUUCACCUCUUACCUUCGAUCUUUCUAGGAAAUGCAUCAUAGUCACUGGGGGUGACUGCGAAAUUGGGCUUGCGUAUAGCAUCGCUCUCGCUAGGGCUGGUGCCCGAGUAGCAACCAUCUACAGGAGUAACGAGGACGCCACUGAAGUCGCUGAAGAUCUUAAUGUCAACCAACCUCGCUGA